UUGGACAGUGGUACCAUCGUUUCACUCAUCAUUUGCCCUUGAAUUUACUAUGAAUCCUGCGUUUUGUUGCUGGCGUGGGGAUAGGCUACUGAUCUCUUGAAAAAUAUUUUAAUUUCAGAAAGAGAAAGUACGCACUGGAUUCAUGCAAGUGCUUUGCACUUUCUGUGGACAUCUUCUUGUGUGGGAAUGCUGUCUGUCAUGAGUUGGACACGACUCUGGAGUUCGUGGUGGACAAAAUAGUCAAUUGUGUUUGGGAGGGAGAAAAGUCGGUCGCUCAGAAUGUUUUGCGCAAAACUGAAGGAACUAAAAAUUAGCGGGGACUGUCCAUUCUCUGUGGUGCUGCAAAAUGAAGAACCAGGAGAGUCUAAGGAAUGUGCAAAAGCAGGGGACACACUGCCAAUAUCGAAUGAGGUGUGCGGUUCUCUACCGGGGACAUUACCUCAGCGAAAGACAAGCAGAAGCAAAGUUAAUCUGCAUACAUUAGGAGAAAGCGUCCGCAAGUUAAUGUGUCCAGAGGUAAAUAAAGCUUAUCGUUUUUUUAUGGACGUAGGCUUCACUUUUGAGUUUCAGCGGCUGCAUACUGCUUUCCUAAGAAUGACGAAACAACAUAAAUUAGACAUGAUAUGUCCUGCAGCAGUUUACUCAGACCUUUGUCAAGAGUGGAGCUUUGGAAAUGCAGAAGACUUAAUGGAGACCAUGACAAAUUAUUCAGAAAAAUCAGGCAUUCAGAUGGACACCCUGAGAGUGUCACUCGGGGUAGAGGUAUUCAAAACAUGCCACGAGGAGGACGGGCAUAUUUUGGGCGUAGUUGGGGGAGCGCUCCACGACUUCCUCAACAGUUUCAACGUCCUGCUGAAGCAGAGCGCGCCUCCGAUCCCCGACAGCAGCGCCGGCUACGUAAACAAAGCCUCGGUCCUCUGCCUGGACAAAGACCCGGGCCUCCUGACGGUGUACUACUUCAACCCCCACCCGGCCACCGAGCUCUUCUUCCCGGGGAUAAUCAAAGCAGCCGCCCAGGUGCUGUACAAGACGGACGUGGAGGUGGUGAUGGAGCCGUCGUGCGGCAAGGACAGCAGCCUGCAGGCCCGAGCCCAGCCCCACCUGCUCUACUCGGUGCAGGUGGCCGACCCCCGGAGGCUGACCCCUAGCCCGCUGAUAACUCACGCGGCGGUGGAGAUACCCAUGUCUCUCUUCUACGCGACGUUCCCCUUCCACGUCCUCUUCGACGAGGACAUGAGCCUGCUGCAGAUCGGGGACGGGCUGAGGAGGCGCUUGAACCGCGGAGACGUCCAGAGGCGGCCGCUGUUCGAGGAGCACUUCCUGAUCGUGUCCCCGCAAAUCAGGAGCACCUUUCAAGGGAUCCUAACCAUGCUGAACACUCAGUUCAUUUUGAGAAUAAAGCAGGCAGCUAAUCCUGGUGAUGGAGCCGCUAAGCUCAUGGACCUGAAAGGCCAAAUGAUCUUCAUUUCUGAGUCAAACAGUAUCCUGUUCCUGGGCUCGCCGUGCGUGGACAAGCUGGAGGAGCUCACCGGGCGGGGCCUGUACCUCUCGGACAUCCCCAUCCACAACGCCCUGCGGGACGUGGUCCUGGUGGGCGAGCAGGCCAAGGCCCAGGACGGGCUGAAGAAGAGGCUGGGCAAGGCCAAGGCCGCCCUGGAGCAGGCCCACCAGGCCCUGGAGGAGGAGAAGAGGAAGACCGUGGACCUGCUCUUCACCAUCUUCCCUGGGGCCGUGGCCCGGCAGCUCUGGCAGGGUCAGUCGGUGCGGGCCAAGAAGUUUGAGCACGUGACCAUGCUGUUCUCGGACAUCGUGGGCUUCACGGCCAUCUGCUCCCGGUGCACCCCCAUGCAGGUGGUGACCAUGCUGAAUGAGCUCUACACCAGGUUUGACCACCACUGCGGAGAGCUGGACAUAUAUAAGGUGGAGACGAUCGGGGACGCGUACUGCGUGGCCGGCGGCCUGCACAAAGAGAGCCAGACGCACGCGGUGCAGAUCGCGCUGAUGGCCCUGAAGAUGAUGGAGCUCUCGGACGAGGUCAUGACCCCCGCCGGGGAGCCAAUCAAGAUGCGAAUUGGACUCCAUUCUGGCUCCGUCCUUGCUGGUGUGGUAGGGGUCAAAAUGCCUCGUUACUGCCUCUUUGGGAACAACGUCACCCUGGCUAACAAGUUUGAGUCCUGCAGCAUUCCAGGAAAAAUCAAUAUUAGCCCAACCACGCACAGAUUGCUGAAAGGUCAUCCAGAGUUCAGCUUCAUUCCCAGGACCAGACAGGAUCUGCCUCCGAACUUCCCUUCAGACAUCCCUGGUGUUUGUUAUUUCUUGGAAGCUUUUGAUCAACGGGCCAGCGAGGCUGUGAAAGACUGAAAGAGAAGGACGUCGCUAAUGAGAUGCUAACUUCACGACAGGGGAGACAAAUAAAAACAGUGUUAACAUACAAAGCAGUGGGCUACAGAAUUAUAUGUAUAUCUGUUGAGGUGAUAUUGACAUCUUCAUAACGCCGAUGUGAAGUUGCUAAAUGAGAAAUUAACUAUUCUUAAUUUGCUGCUGCGUACUAUUGAAUCCACACGAUCACCCAUGCCGUAGUUUUAAUAUCGCACAGUGGAUUUUUGCAGAAUGCCCUUUGACUGUGAUGUCAACGCUUAGCUAGAUCACAAGGAAUGAAUAUUCCCAGCAAUCAUUUAUUAUUAAAAUUAUUAUUUUUGCAUUAUAACAAAGCUGCAAUAAACUUUUGAUUAAAUGUGA